AUGCUUUCUAUUUUUUAUUUCCAGCGGCGUCUAACCCAAAAAUACAGUAUAGCUGUGGGAGUCCCAACCCUUGUGAUCCGGGGUCGGGCAGUCCGAGACGCUCUACUCAGUGACCCUAAAGGCGAGAGGUUUCCAUGGCCCGCGCCGCCUUUAGAUGAAGUCCUGAGAGGAGUGGAGUUAGAAGGAGAACAGAAGAAAAUGUACGAAGAUCUUCCUCCGGAUGCUGUCAGAGUAUUCUAUUUUGCUGCGCAUUGGUGUCCUCCAUGUCGGUCGUUUGCACCGGGCCUUUGCGCGGCGCUGUCGGCCGUGCGCAAGCGCAGGUCGAAGUACGCCAACACUCAGCUUAUAUUGGUGUCUAGUGACAGAUCAGAGCAAUCGUACGCGAGAACGCUUUCAUCCAUAUCAUCUGCCAACGCGCUGUCAGUGCCGUGGUCUGCCAAUGAAACAAGAUUGGCAUUGCCAGGCGCUUUAGGUGUGGCUGGGAUCCCCGCACUAGUCAUAACGGAUGGCACUGGCAAAGUUUUGACUACGAAUGGCAGACAGUAUCUUGCUGCUGACCCAUUGGGAUUGAACUUCCCGUGGGCCCAGCGUCCAGUGUCGGUGCUAAGCGAACAAGCUCUACUGAAAAUGGCGCGUCACCCGGCCGUCGUGCUUUUUACUGACGACGAAGACGGUGAAAUCGAGUUCUCCGAAUCAGUACUAACGCCAUCAGCAGAAUCAUACUAUGAGGAAUGCAGCAUACAGUACCCUGGCUUUUGUCCCUAUCAGAACUCCUCGGACGACGAGACCAUGGACUUCGACUACAUCACCAAGACCUCGAGAAUGAAAAAGAAAUCUUUCAAACACGUCAUGUUCUACAUUGGCAUCGAUGGAACAGACAGUGCCGAUAUGAUCAGAGAACACAUCGGCUUAGAUGACGCCGUGCCAUUACUAACUGCUAUAGAUUUUCCAAAACAACGUAUGGUCACCAUGAAAUAUGGCGACGAAAUAACAACCGAUUCGGUGCAAAAUUUUGUCGAUGCCUUUCUAAGUGGCAACGCUGAUUUUAAACCCUUAAAGCCUUAUUCCGAAAAAUGU